AUGGUUAACGUUUUCAACCCAACAGUUUUCUUCAUUGUCUUCAGAGAGGGUCUAGAAGCGGUUAUUGUGGUUUCGGUUUUACUUGCGUUCUUGAAGAAGGGCUUAGGUGGUUCAGAGAAUGACCCAGUUGUAUACAAGCGGUUGAAGAGACAAGUAUGGUGGGGUUCGCUUGCAGGUUUGAUUAUCUGUUUCAUUAUCGGUGGCGCCUUUAUUGGAACAUUUUACUCUCUUGGUAAGGACAUUUGGUCGAAAUCCGAAGAUCUUUGGGAAGGUAUUUUCUGUGCUAUUGCAACAAUUUUGAUCUCUAUGAUGGGUGUUGCCAUGUUGCGUGUAAACAAAAUGCAAGAAAAAUGGAGAGUGAAGUUGGCCACAGCUCUUUUAACUCCACCAAAGAAUAAGAAGGAUAGAUACAAAAUUGGAUACCUAACCAAGAAAUACUGUAUGUUUAUUUUGCCAUUUAUCACUGUUUUGAGAGAAGGUUUGGAAGCAGUUGUCUUUGUUGGUGGUGUUGGAUUGAGUUCUCCUGCUACUGCUUUCCCAAUUCCGGUUAUCACCGGAUUACUUGCAGGUGCUUUAAUUGGAUACUUGCUAUACAUAGGUGGUACCACUCAAUCAUUGCAAAUAUUCUUAAUCUUCUCCACUUGUAUCUUGUAUUUGAUUGCAGCUGGUUUAUUCUCUCGUUCUGUUUGGUACUUUCAGACGUACGUAUUUUCCAAGAAGACUGGUGGUGAUGCUUCUGAAAAUGGAUCUGGCCCAGGUACUUACAAUAUCCAUCAGUCUGUAUGGCAUGUCAACUGUUGUAAUCCAAAUAAAGAUAAUGGGUGGGAUGUCUUCAAUGCUUUAUUGGGAUGGCAAAAUUCGGCAACGUAUGGCUCUGUUUUAGCCUAUGUGAUCUAUUGGAUCGCUCUCAUUAUUGUCUUGCUCCUUAUGCUUUUCGAAGAAAAGCACGGCCACUUGCCAUUCACUAAGCAGUUGACCUUGAGAACGUUGAACCCAAUGUACCACAUUAAGAAUAAGAAGAAGAGUGAAUUAACUAAAUCUGAACAAGAGAAGUUAUUCGAAAAGUUGAAGACUCAAGGUAUUGGUAUCUCUGAAGAGGAGCCGGCAGAGGUUGAGCUUGAAACCGUUUCAGUCAGUGCUAAGAAAUGA